CGGCCGAUGGCCGCCGCCCGCCGCGCCCGCGCUGACCGAUGUAUUUGAAGAGGCCGGCGGGCGGGCUCGCCUUCUGCCUCUUCUACCUGGCCUCCAGCUUCACCAACAAGUAUGUCCUGUCUGUCCUGCAAUUUACCUACCCUACCCUUUUUCAAGGGUGGCAAACAUUGGUGGGUGGACUUCUGCUUCACAUCUCCUGGAAGCUGGGCUGGGUGGAGAUAAACUUGUGUUCAAGGUCUGAAAUCCUGUCAUGGCUUCCUGCAUCAGUACUUUUUGUGGGCAUUAUUUAUGCUGGCUCCAGGGCACUGUCUAGAUUGCCAAUCCCGGUGUUCCUCACUGUGCACAACGCCGCAGAAGUCAUAACCUGUGGGUUCCAGAAGUUUGUGCAGAAAGAGCAGACCUCUCAUCUGAAAGUCUGUAGUGUGCUGUUCCUCCUGGCAGCAGCAGUGUGCCUUCCUUUGUGUGACACACAGUUUGAUCCAAACGGAUAUUUAUGGGCUCUAAUUCACUUGAUCUGUCUUGGGGCUUACAAAGUAUUUCACAAGUUGUGGAAACCUGGAUCUUUAAGUGAUCUGGACCAACAGUACAUCAACUAUGUAUUCAGUGUGGUGCUGUUGGCCUCUGCAUCCCAUCCAGCAGGUGAUCUCUUCAGUGCCUUGGAUUUUCCAUUCCUGUACUUCUACAGGUUUCAUAGCAGCUGCUGUGCCAGUGGACUCUUGGGAUUCUUUCUGAUGUUGCACACAGUGAAGCUAAAAAGCAGCACAACCUCAGGGCAAUAUGCAGCCUGGAAUUUCCUUGCAAAGGUUAUCACUGCUGGUUUAUCGCCGUUCUUCUUUGUCAUGACUGCCAAUGUACUAACAAUUUCUUGCCUUGUGGUCGGUGGAGUUGGAGAAGCAUUGCUUGUUUACACUGAAAGGACAGGCACAUAAAGAGGAACCAGAUCUCGCCAGUUGGAACAGAGCUGACUUGCAGCCUAGAGACACUAUCAUGAAAAAAGUGGCAGCAGGAAUGAAGAAGUGCAACCAAACAUGAGGAAAGAGAUCUAUUGUUGUUUUUUUUUAAAUUAAGAAAAGAACCUAUGCUAUUAAUAGUGCUGGUAAGGGAGCAGCAGAGUUGGCAGAGAUGGUAAGGAGCCUUUGCCUCAAAGCACAAGACCAACUAUAUCAGAUUGAUGUGGUAAAGAAAAAACUGCACUGUAUCAUGCUGAUGGCUCUGUGUGAGCACCACUCAGUAGCAGCUUCCUGCACAGGGAGCUAAACUCAGGAAUUCCCCACUGGAUGCCCCAGUGGCUUUUUUUUUGUUUGAAGCAGACAGCAGGUCAUACCAAACAAUGUAUAAAUUCAGGAUCUGGAAGGAUGGAUUUUGCCUCCAACUGUUCUGUAAGCAGCAAGCUGCCACACACAGGUCUCUGGUCAUGUUGUCUAAACUGGCACAGGGACUGAGGCCAAAGGGCUUGUGGAGAUAAUCCCCUUCUGGAACUGUGGCAGUUUGACAGCCUUUCAGAAAGGGAAAAUCAGCAAUAAAUCUCAAUAUCUGUAGUGAUUGCUCUUUGUGAAUUUUUUUCUCCCCCAUUCGCUGAGAUUUCUCUUGAACUCUGCCAGUUUUUGUCAGCUGGAGGGGGUGGAGGGACACGUACUGUUCCCAGCAGUGGUUUGUCUUUUAAAUUAUUGCAAGGGGAAACAAAGAACAUGAACCUUGAAUGAAUGUCAUAAAGAGUGUAAGGAAAUUAAUCUCAAGUGUUCUUAAGGUAAUUUCACUUCUGGUUGCUUAAUGGCUGUUAGAAAUUAGACUUGAUAUAUUAGAGCCUGCAAUCUAUGUGAAAGUAAUAUUAAAUGAUGAGUUUAUAUUGUGGGAACGGUCUACAUGGUAAAAGGC